AUGUGGGAAUCAUACUGCUCUAAGAUACGAGAGGCCGAUUUGGCCGUGCUAAGUCUCACCUUUUUGGUGGUCAUUUUUAGCUCUCUGUACCUAAUAGUCUUCCUAUUGUCACAUUCGCCGAGAAAACCUUUCGAAGAGGAACUUUUAUACAAGACUAACGGUCUUGAUGAAGAGGUUAUUAGUGGUAGUCUGGUGUCCGUAAAGGAAUCGGAAAAAGAGGUGGACGGAAUUGAGCUUUCUGUGGUUGUUCCCAGCUACAAUGAAAUUGGACGUAUUUUGGUAAUGCUAAAAGAUGCAAUUGAAUACCUGCAAGAGAAAAUGGCCAACAAAUGGGAAAUCUUAAUUGUCGAUGACGGCUCGAAAGAUGGAACAUCAGAAUAUUGCUUGGACCUGGCUCACACCACUUUCAAGCUGCAACCUGGACAACUGAGAGUAAUUGAAUUGACCAAAAACCGAGGCAAAGGCGGCGCCGUCAGACAUGGAAUGCUGCACAUUAGAGGUAGAUUCGGUCUUUUUGCAGAUGCAGACGGGGCCAGUAAAUUUGCAGACUGCGAAAAACUGCUGAGUGCCAUCAAAAAAUACGACGACAGCGGCAAGCGUGCUAUAGCCAUCGGAUCCCGCGCACACAUGGUGAAUACCGAUGCUGUCGUCAAAAGAUCGUUCAUCAGAAAUUUCCUCAUGUACGGAUUGCAUACGCUCGUUUUCAUUUUUGGCAUUCGCUCGAUCAAGGACACGCAGUGUGGAUUCAAACUUUUUAACAGAUCCGCUAUUGGUCAGGUCUUCCCUUACUUACGCACCGAAGGUUGGAUCUUUGAUGUGGAGAUUUUGAUCCUGGCGUUAAGAAAGCAGAUAGAAAUCCAAGAAGUGGCCAUUUCAUGGCACGAGAUUGAUGGUUCAAAAAUGGAGCUUGCUAGAGACAGCAUUAACAUGGCAAAAGAUCUGGUAAUCAUAAGACUAGCCUACAUCAUGGGCAUUUACAGCGACAAAAACGAGUGCUGA